AGUCGCUCUGCAGCUCUUCAGUCCGCCGAUAAACCCACUAAAGAAAGAAAGAAAGUCAAACAUCAAGCGCUGCGUGUUCACAUCACUCUGAUUUUCUCUCUUGAGUGUUUUAAACAGAGUGUUGUGUGUGUGUGUUUGUGUUGAGAUGUUGAGGAUGACGUCACAGAUGUGCUGUAAAUCAGUGGGAACUGAUCUGUCCAUGCUGGAUAUUGAUGAUUUCAUCACAGAAAUCUGUCAGCUGAAGAAAGAGGUGGCGUUACUGGAGGAAAAGCUGAGGACAAGAGGAGAUGAACUCAACACUGAGAAGUCCAGACACACACAGGACUCGGAGCUCAGCCUCACUUUACUCUGUUAUACUGACACAAACCCCACAGACGCUCAGGACACUGUGUGUGACAGUAAUCACACCUUGAAUCAGGAUGAAUCUACUGAUCAAACCUCCACAGAGUCUCUGGAUUCUGUCUGUAACGCUGGAGAACAGCAGAUCCUGAACACCAGACCACUCAACAUGUGUUCUGUCACACUGAUGGAGAUAAAAACUGAACCCACGUCAGAGGAAGAUCAGACCGAUGAAGAUGAGAAUUACGACGAUAAUGAUGAUGAUUUUAUUCCUUCAGAUGAGAGCGGUGAUUCAUGUUGUGAUGGAGAAACGGCCUCUACAUCAAAACAGCGACUGACAGCACAAACUCUUUCCUGCAUCACCUGUGGAAAGACAUUCAGUUCACAGAGACGUUUAGAGACACAUGAGAGAAAACACACAGAACAGAAACUCUUCACCUGCACCAGAUGUGACAUCAGCUUUCCUACCUUACAAGAGAAGAAACUUCAUUCACAAGAGCACAGAGACCAGAAACACUUUCACUGUCAGCAGUGUGGGAAGAACUUUGUCUACCCUUCUAGUCUGAAAGAACACAUGCGGACACACACUGGAGAAAAACCUUUCCACUGCAGUCAAUGUGACAAAUAUUUCAGCACCAAAGGAAGUCUUGUUACUCAUCAGAGAAUUCACACGGGAGAAAAAACACACACGUGUCCUCACUGUGACAAGAGAUUCAGCCACAAACCUCAUCUGAAGAGACACAUGCUUUUACACACCAACGAGAGACCGUAUCUUUGCAGUGAAUGUGGAAAAGGCUUUAGGGAUUCAGGUUGUUUAAGGUUACACCAGCGAACUCACUCUGAGGAGAAACUCUAUCAGUGUUCACACUGUGAUAAAGGCUUCCGUCAGAAACCUCAUCUGGUACGUCAUGAGAGAAUUCACACUGGAGAGAAACCUUACCUCUGCUCUCACUGUGGAAAGAGCUUUACUGAUUCAAGUACUUUCAAAGAUCAUCUGAGAGUUCACACUGGAGAAAAACCUUAUCUCUGCAGUGUUUGUGGGAAGAGUUUUAGUCGAAGUCACCAUUUAGUAACACAUCAGAGAAUUCAUACAGGAGAAAGACCUUAUAAAUGCUCUCAGUGUGACAAAGCGUUUACUGAUAGAUUUUUCCUGAGAACCCAUGAGAGAGUUCAUACUGAAGACAAUCCUACCACUGCUCCAUCUGCGGCGAGAAGAGAUAUGCUGAAGAACAAACUGGACUUGAGUGUUUUAAACAGAGUGUUGUGUGUGUGUGUUUGUGUUGAGAUGUUGAGGAUGACGUCACAGAUGUGCUGUAAAUCAGUGGGAACUGAUCUGUCCAUGCUGGAUAUUGAUGAUUUCAUCACAGAAAUCUGUCAGCUGAAGAAAGAGGUGGCGUUACUGGAGGAAAAGCUGAGGACAAGAGGAGAUGAACUCAACACUGAGAAGUCCAGACACACACAGGACUCGGAGCUCAGCCUCACUUUACUCUGUUAUACUGACACAAACCCCACAGACGCUCAGGACACUGUGUGUGACAGUAAUCACACCUUGAAUCAGGAUGAAUCUACUGAUCAAACCUCCACAGAGUCUCUGGAUUCUGUCUGUAACGCUGGAGAACAGCAGAUCCUGAACACCAGACCACUCAACAUGUGUUCUGUCACACUGAUGGACUGCAGGAAACUCAUGGAGAUGAGAAGACAAACACCAGCAGAAGAAGAAGAAGAACAUCACACUGAUGAAGAUGAGAAUCACGAUGAUGAUGAUGAUUUUAUUCCUUCAGAUGAGAGCGGUGAUUCAUGUUGUGAUGGAGAAACGGCCUCUACAUCAAAACAGCGACUGACAGCACAAACUCUUUCCUGCAUCACCUGUGGAAAGACAUUCAGUUCACAGAGACGUUUAGAGACACAUGAGAGAAAACACACAGAACAGAAACUCUUCACCUGCACCAGAUGUGACAUCAGCUUUCCUACCUUACAAGAGAAGAAACUUCAUUCACAAGAGCACAGAGACCAGAAACACUUUCACUGUCAGCAGUGUGGGAAGAAUUAUUUUACAACUUCAUCUCAUAUAAACGCUCACUUGAGGACACACACUGGAGAAAAACCUUUCCACUGCAGUCAAUGUGACAAGUGUUUCAGCACCAAAGGAAAUCUUGUUGCUCAUCAGAGAAUUCACACGGGAGAAAAACCGUACGCGUGUCCUCACUGUGACAAGAGAUUCAACCACAAACCUCAUCUGAAGAAACACAUGCGUAUCCACAGCGAUGAGAGACCGUAUAAGUGCAGUGAAUGUGGAAAAACCUUUAAGGUCUUAGGUUCUUUAAAAGUACACCAGAGAACUCACUCUGAGGAGAAACUCUAUCAGUGUUCACACUGUGAUAAACGCUUCCGUCAGAAAGCUAAUCUGGUACGCCAUGAGAGAACUCACACCGGAGAGAAACCUUACCUCUGCUCUCACUGUGGAAAGAGCUUUACUGACUCACAACAUUUUAAAUCUCAUAAAAGAAUUCACACUGGAGAGAAACCUUAUCACUGCAGUGUUUGUGGGAAGAGUUUCAGUCGACACGACACUUUAGUGAAUCACAAGAGAAUUCAUUCAGGUGAAAGACUUUUUAAAUGUUCUCAGUGUGACAAGACGUUUGCUCGACCAUGUGUCCUGAGAACCCAUGAGAGAGUUCACACUGGAGAGAAACCUUAUCACUGCUCCAUCUGUGGAGAGAGAUUCACUUAUUUAGGAAGUUUAAACACUCAUCAGAAGAAACAUGCUGAAGGACAAACUAGUGUUUUAAACAGAGUGUUGUGUGUGUGUGUUUGUGUUGAGAUGUUGAGGAUGACGUCACAGAUGUGCUGUAAAUCAGUGGGAACUGAUCUGUCCAUGCUGGAUAUUGAUGAUUUCAUCACAGAAAUCUGUCAGCUGAAGAAAGAGGUGGCGUUACUGGAGGAAAAGCUGAGGACAAGAGGAGAUGAACUCAACACUGAGAAGUCCAGACACACACAGGACUCGGAGCUCAGCCUCACUUUACUCUGUUAUACUGACACAAACCCCACAGACGCUCAGGACACUGUGUGUGACAGUAAUCACACCUUGAAUCAGGAUGAAUCUACUGAUCAAACCUCCACAGAGUCUCUGGAUUCUGUCUGUAACGCUGGAGAACAGCAGAUCCUGAACACCAGACCACUCAACAUGUGUUCUGUCACACUGGUGGACUGCAGGAAACUCAUGGAGAUGAAAACAGAACCCACAGUGAAGGAAGAACAGACUGAUGAAGAUGAGAAUCAUGAUGAUUUCGUUCCUUCAGUCAAACUGGUGAGUGGUGAGAACCUGGAGAUAAAAACAGAAGAGACAUCAGACGAAGAUCAGACUGGUGAAGAUGAGAAUGAUGAUGGUGAUGAUUUUAUUCCUUCAGAUGAGAGCGGUGAUUCAUGUUGUGAUGGAGAAACGGCCUCUACAUCAAAACAGCGACUGACAGCACAAACUCUUUCCUGCAUCACCUGUGGAAAGACAUUCAGUUCACAGAGACGUUUAGAGACACAUGAGAGAAAACACACAGAACAGAAACUCUUCACCUGCACCAGAUGUGACAUCAGCUUUCCUACCUUACAAGAGAAGAAACUUCAUUCACAAGAGCACAGAGACCAGAAACACUUUCACUGUCAGCAGUGUGGGAAGAACUUUUUCUGCUCUUCUCAUCUGAACAUUCACAUGAGGACACACACUGGAGAAAAACCUUUCCACUGCAGUCAAUGUGACAAAUAUUUCAGCAGCAAAGGAAAUCUUUUUACUCAUCAGAGAAUUCACACGGGAGGAAAACCUUACAAGAAGAAACACUUUCACUGUGAGCAGUGUGGGAAGAAUUGUGUCUCGUCUUCUAGUCUGAACAUUCACAUGAGGACACACACUGGAGAAAAACCUUUCCACUGCAGUCAAUGUGACAAAUAUUUCAGAACCAAAGGAAAUCUUGUUACUCAUCAGAGAACUCACACGGGAGAAAAACCGUACGCGUGUCCUCACUGUGACAAGAGAUUCAACCACAAACCUCAUGUUAAGAUACACAUGCGUGUGCACACCAGUGAGAGACCGUAUGAGUGCAGUGAAUGUGGAAAAGCCUUUAGGGAUUCAGGUUCUUUAAAAUCACAUCAAACAACUCACUCAGAGGAAAAACUCUAUCAGUGUUCACACUGUGAUAAACGCUUCAAUCAGAAAGCUAAUCUGAUAACUCAUGAGAGAAUUCACACUGGAGAGAAACCUUACCUCUGCUCUCACUGUGGGAAGAGCUUCACUGAUUCAUCUCAUUUAAGAGUUCAUAUGAAAAUUCACACUGGAGAGAAACCUCAUCACUGCAGUGUUUGUGGGAAGAGUUUCACUCAACAUAAUAACUUACUAAAACACCAGACAACCCACACAGGUGAAAGACUUUAUAAAUGUUCUCAGUGUGACAAGACGUUUGCUCGAUCAGAUGUCCUAAAAACCCAUGAGAGAGUUCACACUAGAGAGAAACCUUAUCACUGCUCCAUCUGUGGAGAGAGAUUCACUUAUUUAGGAAGUUUUAAUUCUCAUCAGAAGAAACAUGCUGAAGAACAAACUGCACUGGAAUCAUAGACGCUGUAGACAAAAAAUAGUAAAAGACGCAACUAUGAUCUUACAGUUUAUCUUUUAAUCGGUUCCAUUCGGUCUUCAACAACCAAUAGCCUUUAUUUUUUCAUGUAUAAAUGUAUAUGAACCCGUGUUGUGUUAUAAGUCUGAUAUUGAACAUCUUGCUUAUGUGACAAUUUGUAGUUCAUGAUUGACACGUGCAGCAGAUAUUGUUCUGAGCAUUAGUAUUCAUGAGGAGUUAUACAGUAUUUUUUAUUUGUUUGCUGUUUUUACAUAUGAUUCUAAAUAAUCUUACUCUCCACAAAAUAAAUAUUGAGUAUCACAAUCAAGUGCUCUGUUGGAGUAUGUCAGGU